AUGGCCUCUUCUCAAGCUCCUCCCAAAAAGCCACGGCUCUCCCUUCAGAUCAAGACAUCAUGUAGCCCGGCCACAAGAUCAUCAAGGAGUUAUGCCGUUGACCCGAAAGACCCAACUGCCUUUAAUACGUUAUCCAAUGUCUAUGUCACCACCAUUGAAAGGGCUACUCCAGCCCUGCCUGAGCCUAUCACUGCCAUCAACACCCUCCAAGCAUUCAGUCUUGAAACUCCCGUGGAACGCCAGGACCCAAAAUACAGAGUUGUCACUCCUUAUGUCGCUUCUUAUCCUGAGACUCCCUCAUCUGAUACAGCGCCCUCGCCACACCCGGGGCUAGAAAUCAACUACCCCAGCACUAUGACAGCUACACCUCCCCUUUCUGCUGGGCCAGUCGAUCCUCACAACAGCAAAGCCUUUAGCUUCUCACCUGCUGAUAUAUCUGCGGCUCCAGUCCACAAAUCUCACUUACAUGUCGAGAAGCGUACGCUUUCUCGCCCAACAUCUCUGGCGGAACUGACUAUACAAGCGCCUUACACACAUCCGCGCUCACUUCACAGCAUCUUGCGCAACUCGCCUCUUCCACCACCUACUGCCAUUCCUCCACCUUCACCCCGGCGGCAGUCACGACGUCUUCAGGACAAGGCAAAUCGACGAGUGUGCUACAACAACCCUCUGACUCAGGAGAUUGUGACAAACAAGUACACAAAGUCUCACAUUGACUUACUUGUGGAAGAGGCCUCACCUCACUCUCCGCCUUGUGUCCCUCCACAGCCUCAAAAUGCCAUUGAUUUGGCUCUCGCAUUCAUGCCUAACGAGAUUCAGGAUGGUGGGCAAACUCCUGGACCUUUUGAGGAUAUGCGUCGUAGGAUGACGGGCCUGGGUGUUCCAAGUACACCUAGUUCGCCCAUGUCUCCCACAGGGCCGAGGGGCAUUUCGAAGCGAAAGAAGAAGGAGAAGAAGCGUCGUUGGGUAUGGACAAUCGGACAAGAAGACGAUGAUGAUGAGUAUGUGGGAGGGUCUAUCGCUGCUUUGAGGGCCGGGGCGGCCAAAGCUAAGGAUUCUGAUGAAAUUAAGACGCCUGUGACCGCCAUCAGGUCUCCUCCCUUCACUUUUCUCACAACCCCGACACCGAGCACGGAUAGUUUUGAAAGCUUGGAUAGCAUCAUAUCUGAGAGCAACGAUGUCGAAAUGUCCGACACGAGUAGCUGCCUCACAAUACCAGAAGAAUCCCGCCACACGAUUGCAGAGAUGGAUCUGGACAUCAAGACGCCGAUAGCCCAGCAGGACGAUGGGGAAAGCUCAGAUAUGCUCCUCCUGCCAGAUAAUAAUGCUGGUGGGCCUGGCCUGAAGAGGGACUCUCCAGUGCCACCAGACAUGUUGCGUACAGAAUAA